AUGCUGCUCAAGGAAAACAGUCAUGGAGAUCAGUUUCCGGUGGGCAUGCGAGUCCUUGCAAUCGAUGCUAACUUUGUCUGUCUCAAAUAUCUCGUUACAGUACUUCAACAAUGUCGAUAUAAAGUCACUGCAACAACCGAUGCAGAAGAAGCUCUUCAAAUUUUAAGGAACAAAAAUGAGGAAUUCGAUAUUGUGAUUACCGAUGUCGUAAGGGAGGACAUAGAUGGCUUCAAGCUUCUGCAAAUCAUAAGCCUGGAAAUGGAUAUACCAGUUGUUAUGGUGUCUGCUAAUGAUGAUGUAUCCAACAUAAUGAGAAGUAUAAAGCAUGGGGCUCGAGACUACUUGCUGAAACCAGUUCGACUACAGGAGAUGAUGAAUAUUUGGCAACACGUUAUCAGAAAAAAUCUUGAUAACCCAGAGAAAUCUAGCAUUACCAAAGAAAUAAUAGAUCAAAAAACAUCAACUCUGAAAAGAACUAGAAACCAAUCAACAAAGGAAGAGGAUGAAUCGACAAAGGAAGAGGGUGAGACCAACACUCACCCUGAUAUUGCUUCCUCUUCCCGGAAGAAGUUGAGGAUGACAUGGACCCAAGAACUACAUGAAAGAUUUCUUGAUGCUAUUCAGGAACUAGGCAAUGAAGAGGCAGUUCCAAAUACUAUACUCAAAAUCAUGAACGUUCCUGGACUCACACGGGAGAAUGUUGCUAGCCAUCUUCAGAAGUAUAGAAAUAUCUUGAAGAAGCAAAAAGCUACAAUGAAUCAACAGAAAAAUGGUGAGCCCAAUUUGAAUAGAAAUUCAACGAACAUGCAUGGUUGUUACACUGCCUAUCAAAGUACAAGUGCAGUGCCUAGUAACAUUCAUCCUGUAAAUCUUGUUCCAAGUUCUGAAGAAUUAGCUAGCUCAAAGCAGCUGUACCAGUACUACAUGCAAUCUCGACAGGACCCAAUGGAGCAAGGGAUGAAUAAUCAUGUGUAUGGAAAUCCCCCUUCAACUCCAUUGCCAACCGAAAACUACCUUCCUGUGCCGGACUUCAAAUUGUUGAAGUUUCCAAGUGUCUUUCCAGGAAUCAAGGUGGUUGAUGGAUGCUUGGGAAUUUCUUCAGGUCCAAGUAAUACACCACCUUUUAGUCCUUCCAUCCCUGAUGUUUGCUACAUUCCAUCCACUCAAAUGCUUGAAGAUGAUGCUUCGACUCAAAUAGAUGCAAUUCCCCAGCAUGGUUUAGUUGCGUGGCCUCCUCAAGAUUUUGGACCUGUGUCAAUUGGACUAAAACUCAUUUGA